AUGUCUCUCAAAACCCCAAUCCCGCUCUUCACAAUACCGCCACGCUUCCUCUGUCCAUCAGUCCCCCGCCAACUCGUACGCACAAUCCGCUCACUCGCCCCGAAGAAACGCGGAGGCACGCACCCAGAACGCUUCAACCAAGGCCCCGGCCUCAAGACUCUCAUCUCAUCGCAAGAUGGUGCGUUCCUUCGCAGAGAGAAGAACUUCCCUCUGCGAACGGGCGCGCUAGCCAUCAAAAAGGGCAUGACUGGAAUCUACGACCCUGUAACCGCAAAACGCGAGGCUUGCACGGUGCUGCAGCUGGAUCGGUGCCAAGUCACGGGACACAAGCGACGCGAUAUACAUGGCUACUGGGCAGUGCAGGUCGGCUGUGGAACGAAAGAGGCGAGGAACGUGACGAGACCGGAGAGAGGGGAGUUUGCGGCCAAGGGUGUGCCCAUCAAGAGGCAUCUGGCUGAGUUUCGAGUGAAGAAUGAGGAAGGACUAGCACCAAUGGGCAGCAUCAUCACUGCAGACCUGUUUCAAGAGGGACAAUGGGUCGACACACGUGGUGUUACGCGGGGAAUGGGAUUCGCUGGUGGAAUGAAGCGAUGGGGCUUCUCUGGACAACCCGCCUCCCACGGUAACUCGCUCACCCACAGAGCAAUGGGUUCGGCUGGUGCGUCACAAGGUAGUGGUUCGAGGGUCUUGCCAGGGAAGAAGAUGGCUGGGCGGAUGGGUGGUGAGCAUCACACCGUCCAAAAGUUGAAGGUGAUGAAGGUGGACCGCGAGAACGGCAUCGUGGUGGUCAGUGGAGCGGUUCCUGGGCCGAAAUACUCCAUCAUUGAGGUACAGGACUCGAUCAAGAAGUCAUGGCCACACGUGGAAGCAACAGUUGGUUUGACGCCAAUGGCAGGCAGCGUACCUGCAGUGAAAGAGGAGGUUGUCGCAGAGGCGUGA